AUGUCGUCCAACAAAAUUAUAGAUAUCAAUAUUUCUAUAGAUGAUGAAAAUUAUUUAAAGAAUCUUAUAAUAAAAUUUCGUAAUAACAUUAUUAAAUCAUAUGACUUUGAGAAUUUUGAAAAGAUUUCGACUAAUUGGAUGAAAACUUCCUUUGAAAGUAAUGAUAAAGAUCCUGAAAUAUUUCUCAAAAUAAUGGAAAAUCAUAAAGAAAAUAAAUCUUGGUUUACAAGUUUAAUAGGAUAUUUUUAUCAAUUUGGUAUUGGUUGUAAUCUUAAUAGGGAAAAGGCGUUGGAUUGUUAUUUAAUUGCCAUCAAUAAUAAUAUUAAUUAUGAUUCUUUAGAUAUAAUAGAUAACAAUCAAUUACAUUUGAUUAUAAAAAAUAAUGGUGUAUUCAAUUUGUUAAGAAAUAGUAACACGAUUAUUGGAAAAUAUUUAUUAUCAUUAUUUUAUUAUAAAGAUUUUAUUAAUAGUAUUUUAUCUGUUACUGAUCUUGAACAAAAUAAAUUACUGUUUCUUCUAAAAUUAGACGGAAAAAGUAAAUUAGAAGUACAUUUUAAUUUAAUAAUUUGUAGAAAAGAUGUAAAUGUUGAUUAUAAAAAAGUUUUUGAAUUACUUUUAAGUUUGACUGAAAAAAAAAAUUUAGAUGCACAAUAUAAUUUGGCAAUUUGUUAUAUGGAUGGAAUAGGAACACAAAAAGACGAAAAAAAAGCAUUUGACUUGUUUUUAGAAUCUAGUAUUAAACCAAAUAUAUCUUCUGCUUUUAAAAAUAGGUUGAGGAGUAAAUUUGAAAUGGACUUAGAAUCUGCGAUAUCAAAUGAUUCAAUAGCACAAAGUAAGGUAGGAUGUCAUUUUCAAUCUGGAAAAGUAGUGAAAAGAAAUAAAAUAAGGUCAUUUAAAUGGUAUUUAAAAUCAGCUAAAAAUGGAUAUGUAAAGAGUCAAAUUAAUGUGGGAUCUUGUUAUGAAUGUGGUAAAGGAACGGACAAGAAUGAAAUAGAAGCGUUUAAAUGGUAUUUAAAAUCAGCUAAAAAUGGAAAUGCAAUGAGUCAAAAUAAUGUGGGAUAUUGCUAUGACCAUGGGAUAGGAACAGAUAAGGAUGAAACAAAAGCAUUUGAAUGGUAUACAAAAUCAGCUAUUAUAGGAUGUAAUGAUGGACAAUAUAAUUUAGGAUAUUGCUAUGAAAAUGGCAAAGGAACUGACAAGAAUGAAAUAAAAGCAUUUGAAUGGUACACAAAAGCAGCUGAAAAUACUAGUAAUGCUGUAGCACAAAAUAAUUUAGGAGAUUGUUACAAAUAUGGUAAAGGAACAGAUAAGGAUGAGAAAAAAGCAUUUGAGUGGUAUUUAAAAUCGGCUAAAAAUGGGUAUAAAAUGGGACAAAAUAAUGUGGGAUAUUGUUAUGAACAUGGUUGUGGAACGGGAAAAAACCAGAGUAAUGCAACUCAAUGGUUCAAAAAAGCAGCCAAAAGUGUUGUAGCACAAAAUAAUUUGCGAACAUGCAAAUAUGGUGUUGAAAUCGCUAUAAAGGAUUUAUUGUAGCUUUAAUUAAUGGAAUCAAAGUAAAUAAUGUUAUUCAAAAAUUUAUAGUUGAUUAUAUAUAAAGCCACAUAUCUUCAUAAUUUAUGAUGGUGAUUCAUUUGGCCGAAAUUUAAAGACUUAGCCAAACCAAACUGGUGUUUUAAAUAAUUAUUUGUUAUUCAAUAUAUUUUGCAUAAUUUCUUUACAACCUCUUUGUAUAAUAGCCAAGCAAUGAUUUAUUUGGCCUAAUAAGCAAUAUUACCCAUCAUAACUUAAAUAACCUUUUGGAAAGAAACAAACUGUAGUUUAGGAAUUUGAGUAAAGAAAAAUGUUAUGUUUAUAUAUUAGUAUUUAUCUAGUAUUUUGCUGAAGAAUUUACGUAGAAAGAAUUUAGUUUGUAUUUAAGAAAGAAAUGAACUUUUAGUUAACAUUAAUUAUUUCAUUAAAUUAUUUCAUUAAAUUAUCUGGAAAUAACUUUUUU